AAAAUGGAGUUGACAAUGAAGAAAAUACAGUUGACAGUAAAGAACAUGGCGAUAAAAAUGAAGAACAAGAAGGUCACAGUGAGAAACAUGGAGGUGACAGUAAACAACAUGGAGGUGGCAAUAAAGCACAUGGAGGUGACACUGAAGAACAUGGAAGUGAGAAUAAAAAACAUAGUGGUGCCAUUGUAAAUAAAAAGGUAAAUGAAGAACACGAUGGAGACUCUGAAAAUAAAGAAAGCAAAGAAAAAAAUAAUGGAGGUGGCAAUCAUGAAAAAAAAGGAGGUGGCAGUAAAGUAGGCAAUGACAAAAAAAAAGAACAUGUAAUUGAUGUUGUAAAUGAAGAGGUAACUAAGGAACAUGGAGGUGACAUUGCCGAACCUGGAGGUGGCACUGAAACACAUAGAGGUGACAUCGAAAAACAUAAGGGUGACAAUGAAGAGCAUGGACGUGACAAUGAAGAUCAUAGAGGUAAACAUGAUGAACAUUGCGGUGACAAGGAAGAACAAGAAGGUGUUAAUGGAGAACAUAGAGGUGACAAUAAAAAACAUGGAGGUUACAGUGAAGAACAUGGGGGUGACAAUACAGAACAUGAAGGUGAUAAUGAUAAACAUGGCAAUAACCGGGAAGAACAAGUAGGUGACAAUGAAAAAUAUGAGAGUGUAAGUGAAGAACAUGGAGUUGACAGUGAAGAACAAGUAGGUGUCAGUGAAAAACAUAAAGGUGAGAAUGAAAAGCAUGAAGGUUGCAAUUACGAACAUGGCGGUGACAGAAAAGAACAUGGAGGUGAUAAUGAAGAACAUAAAGGUCAAAAUGAAAAAAAUGGAGGUGACAGUGAAGAAAAUGGAGUUGAAAGUGAAAAACAUGCAGGUGACAAUAAAGAACAUGGAGGAGACAGUGAGAAACAUAGUCGUGACCAUAAAAAUUACCAUAAACAACAUGACAGUAACAUUGAAGAACAUGGAGGUAACAAUGAAGAACAUGGAGAUGUCACUGAAGAACAUGGAGGUGACAGUGAAGAACAUGGAAGUGUCAGUGAGAAACAUGGAGGUGAGAAUGAAGAACAUGGAGGAGAUAAUGAAGAACAUAGAGGUGACAAUGAAAAACAUGGAGGUGACAAUGAGAAACAUUUAGAUGACAGUAAGAAACAUGGACGUGACAAUGAAGAACACGGAAGUGGCAUUGAAAAACGUGGAGGUGACUGUUGGAAACAUGCAGUUGACAAUGAAGAACAUGAUUGUGACAGUGAAAAGCAUUUUGGUGACAGUGUUAAACAUGGGGGUGCCAAUGAAGAACAUGGUGGCUCCAAUGAAGGACACGAAUCUGACCGUGAGAAGCAAGGAUGUAACAAUGAGAAACAUUUGUGUGACAAUGAAGAGCAUGGAGUUGACAGUGCGAAGCAUGUAGAUGAUUGUGGAGAAAAUAGGGGUAACAAUAUAGAAAAUGAAGAUGACAUUGAAGAACAUGGAGCUGACCGUAAGAAGCGUAGAGGUAAAAGUCAGAAACAUGGGGGCGACAAUGAAGAAAAUGGAGGUGACAAAAAAGAUGGAGGGUCCAAUGAAAAAUUGAAUAAAGUGUUUGAUGAAUUUGCAUUUCAAAUUAGAAGAGAACAGUAUGGAUUGUGUGGUACAAAAACAAAGGAGAUUGAAGACAUGGAUUUAUACGCGGAGGAAACCUUGAAUUAUGAAUAA